AUGUUGAAUGAUGUGGAACGUAUCAUCGCAAUCCAUUUAGAUCUGUCUCGAAAUCGUCUUACCGAAUUUCCGCUGCAGGUUUGUGAGUACGAAUCGCUGGAGACGUUGUACAUAAACAAUAACUGUUUGAAAUCGAUUCCUUGCGGUGUGCAGUUCCUCAAAUCUCUCACAUUUUUGGAUCUCCGACGAAAUCAGCUGUCAAGCAUUCCCGCUGCGUUGUGUUCGUUGCCGCUUGAGGUUCUGCUUCUUGGCAACAACCGCUUGGAGAGCUUACCGAAUGAAAUUCGCCAGCUUGCUGAUACUCUUGCCGACUUGGUAACGUGUUUGCCUGUCUUUCCUGUUACGCUGUACAGGUUGGUUGCGACCGAUCAGAGGGAUAUCAGCUGCAACAGAUUAACGAAUCUGCCCGCCGACAUCGGCCUUUUGCAGCGGUUGCGGGUAUUGAACGUUCGUCAGAAUUUGCUCACCUGGUUGCCUUUUGAACUUUCUAAACUUUCCCUGCGUUUUCUUGACGCUUCAUACAACAAGCUCACUCAUCUCGAUAUCGACCUGCGGUUUAUGCGAAGUCUGGUGGAACUUAUUUUGGACGGAAACCCCCUCGUUUUUCCUUUAGCCAAGGAAAAUUCCUUUGAAGAAAGACUUGACUGUCGAUCGUUGCCGUUUCAUUACCGAACGCCUCCCGUUGGUGAAGAAAAGAUUGGGGCGUUGUCAAAGACGACUGCGUUGACGAUGGAUGUCACCCCAGCCGGAACGCCUUAUAUUAACGAUGAGCAGCGUAGGGCCGAAGGCACUGACUUCAGCCACCAGUACUUCACCGAUGGAAUGGUUCCUUAUGCAAGCACGCACACCCCUCCGAAAGUUACCGGAAGUUUGGUCGAAGAGGUUAUGUCCGCCUGUAUAGAACGACUGCAUGUGGCGCAGGAGCCUCCGAAAACUGAUGUCCCAGUGGCGUCAAGCAAACUGCUGCACACCGGUGGCAGUAGUGGUCACGUCUCCCCAGAGCCUGCUGCUGCGUCUCGCACCGCCUCCAACAUUGCUGAUGGGGACCAGUCGCUAACGACUAAACGACGUAACUUUCAACGGGACCUCCCGUCUAACAGGAUGGGUGUACUUUCGUUCGAAAAGAACUUUUCGCUCAGCGACUCUGACCAGUUGCUCAGAAACGCGUCGAUGCCCGCUGUUUCAUCUGACUUGUGCUUUUCUCCGCUUUUGGAUCGUAAGAGCGCUAAUGCACAUGACGUCGUCCCAGCCCAGACAAAAGAAGAAUCGUCUUUGAAAUGCAGAACCGGCGAUUCGACUGUGGUUUCUACUCCGCUUCCGCAGCCGCCGCUUCAUAUGCACAUGAAAAAGGCUGCCAUGGAAAGGAACGAGUUUCCGCGCAGACGCCUAUUCACACCCGGUGCACCUGGUACAGACGAUCAGGAAUUGUCGCCGCCAUCCUACAAAGGCACCGUCGCCAAAUCCGCGAAGUCUGACGUAAUUGUGUCACUUUACACUGGUAGCGGUCUCGGAGCUCCAUGUUGCCGGAAGGAGCGCAGCUGCAUACAGAACGCUGCAAAGGAGGUUGCUUCAUUUAAUGAGCCGUCAGUGUUACCUGAUACUUCGUCUGGUCAAAACGGCAAUACGGCGAAGGUCGACAAUGCUAACAACAUCGGCGACAACGCAGCGGACAGAUCGCCACGUUACGGCGACAGCGGCAGCGGAAGGGGCAUUCGUGUAGAACCGGUAUCUAUAAGCUACGACGGUAUCCGGCGCCUUCUGUCGGCCGAUACAACCACUACGUCGUCAUCCCCAGCAUCGUCUGACACUGACCUGAACUCAAACAUGCUGAUCUCAACUGCGGACAAGUUCACUGCCGGAACCAGCGUCACCUACCCAGUCUACGUGCAAACGUCGCUUGACCACCAUGCGGAUGUGUUCCUCCACAGCAGUGCCGGAAACGAAUGCUCGCCCGAAACGGUGUCAACCUUUCGCGCCAAAACAGAUUACCGACAUGGACCAAAAAGCAAAACAGCCGACAUUCGAGUGGAGAAGCACAACGCAAAGUGCGUUGUGAAUGGCGCUGUAAAACAUUCUACCGGUUCUUCGACAGCGUUACCGCAGAGGCGAACGAAAUCGGCCGCAACUGUGUCUGAUACUCGACACCAGUCUGGUGAGUCGCCUCCCCUUACUUCGAACUUGCAAAAGAUGCCACUGGUAGGCCGAAGUCGUCUUUCCUCUCCUCUUUCAAACGUGAUGGACAGGGUGACCUUUCUGUUCAUUAUUUUUGGUUAUGAAUUUCGAGGAUGCAACAUCGUCGAAGAAAGCUUGUUGAUAAAGAUCCGUUUGAACAAAUCGGAAUGUUGGUUAUGCCUCUGUUUGGCCCUCUCCACUGAUAAUGCUUUUGAACCAGGCUCUUUGUCAUCGCAUUCCGAUAGCAGUUCCGCAAAUACGUCGGUGAAAUCAAACGACAGCACCAUCCGGCAGCAGAACCUCGCUAACAUGAUUCGCAAGGUGAAACUUCCAGCUGCCAAAGCGCGCCGGAAUGUGGAAAACUUCCUGAUGGGUUGCCGACGGUUAGGCGUUCCAGAGGUAAUGACGCUUCCUUAAUA